GUAUUUUGUCUGGAGUUAGAUGUUAAACUGGUGAUAUCCGGUUCUUUGUUGAUGACAAAGUGCGUGGGAGAUCAAGGACAGUGAUCUAAUACAUGAAGUCAUAGUUCAUAAAUACGCACGGGCAGUCCCUGUAAGGGCAAAGCAUCCCAGAACAUUUCUGUAAUAUAGGGUUCAGCCAGUUCAGACAAACAAAGGUGCAUCUUCUCUUAGUUUCUAUUACGAGAGGGUCAAUGCAUUUGUUUUAGAGGACAUUUCCACUACAACAAUCUGUGACAUGAAUUCUGUUCCUGUGUUGACUGUAAAACCAUGGAGAGCCCUCUUUGAUGAGAAGUUCCAUGUGGUUGUGGGGAACUUACCACCGACACAGGAGGUCACACUACAUUCUUUACAUCAGUCUGAAGACACAGACUACUGGGAGGCGUUUGGGCACUAUGUCAGUGAUGCUCAGGGAAGGGUCACAGUUGCCAAAGAUGAAAGUUUUGGGGGCACAUAUGAGGGUGUUGAUCCAAUGGGUUUGUUGGCGAGCAUGAGACCAAUACCUGGUAGUAGAACUGGACUCAGAUUCAGGAUUAAAGAAGUCCACACUCCCAUGGUGGUGCACAUCUCUGUGUACAGGGGACACGUGAGUCAGGGGUUCAGAGAGCAGGUGGCCCUGGCGAGUUUCGUCACAGAGCGCUGGUACAUGGCCCCCGGAGUCCGCAGGGUCGACAUCACAGAGGGAGGGGUCACAGGUACCCUGUUCCUGCCACCAGGUCCCGGACCCUUCCCUGGAGUUUUAGACAUGUGGGGAGGUGGUGGCGGCCUGGUGGAAUAUCGAGCUGCUCUCUUAGCAUCCCACGGUUUUGCUGCCAUGGCGUUAAUGUACCUCUUCCCAGAUGCACAGAAAGCUGCUACCAUUGGCUUCCAUUACAUUGAGAAUGCUUUCAGACUGCUGCAGGAUCACCCUCUAGUGGCCUCUGACAAAAUUGCCCUGCUUGGCACGUCCUUUGGUGCCUCAGUCGCUUUAUCACUCGCUGUCUCAGAAACUGUAAAACCAAUAUGUUGUGUGUGCAUCAGUGGCAGCCAUGUUCUUACACUCAAAGCCAACCAGUCCAUUGCGGAAUCCUUCAAAGUGAUGAAAGAACACGUCCAUAAGUCUCGCAUGGAUGAGAACAAUUGCAUAAUUUGGAGGGACACUCUUCUACCCAUUCCAGAGGAUUCUGACCUGAAAGUAGAUGUGGGGAGGAUAACAUGUCCAUUACUACUGGUUGUCGGACAAGAUGAUACGAAUUGGGCCGCUGUUGAAUCAGCUGAUGAUAUGACGCAGAUGAUGGAGAGAGCAGGGAACAGUCACCUGCUGACCACUCUGUCCUACCCUGGAGCUGGUCACCUGAUUGAACCUCCGUAUGGUCCCCACUGCAGGGCGUGCACCUUUGUGUUGGAGCCAGGCCAACAGAGAGUGGUAGUGCUGUGGGGAGGCCUCACCAAACCUCACGCCGUUGCACAGGAAGACUCAUGGAAGAAGAUUCUAGAUUUUUUGCAAGAGCAUCUCUGUCACAGUGUCAAACCCCAUGUGCAUUCCAGACUGUGAGCAUUGUCUUACGUCAGGUUGCGUCACUCCUACGUGUGAGAGAAGAUUCUAGGUUUUCACCAAGAGCAUCUCUUCCAGAGCAUUGAUCCACAGUCUGAUUUUGAGGUCAUCACAAUCAAACAAAAAUAUGCUGAAUUGAUACUAAGAUGACAACAGCCCAGAUGCAGUGGGAGUGUACUACAGCAUCAACCGUCACAUUGGUGCAAGAUGAGUUCAAGAUUUCGCUGAAAGUCUGAGUUAUACCCACACAUCUCAACUUAGUUUUCAGUCCUUUGUGCCGAAGCAAUGUCACUGAAUUCUGAAGAGGACUUUGUGUAUUAUUUCUGUAGUUUCAAAGAAUCAAUGAUUUUCUUCCUGUUUUCAAAGAUGUCUAUCCACUCUCUGGUAUUUAAUAGUAAAACUACGGUACUGUAGAACUUCAAGGCCACCACAGGUGAAACAGCAUGGUAGGUAUAAUCAUAAUAUUGUUGUCAUACAAUAAAUGUAAACUGAGUGUA